AUGUUGUCAUUCGUAGCGAACACAUUGUACCGCGAACUGAAGGAAAAGUUUACUUUCGCUAUGCCACGGGUCGUACCCGACCAGCGGCCUACCUUUGAAAAUGAUGAACUUUUUAGAAAAUUAAGUAGAGAAAGUGAGGUAAGAUAUACUGGAUUUCGUGAUAGACCUAUGGAUGAAAGACAAAUUAGAUUUCAAGCCGACUGUAGAGAAGGACACGCAGAUUUGGCGUUUGUCAGCACGGGGACGAAUUUACAGCUCUCCUUCGCCGCCAACUCGUGGUCAGAGCGGGCCGAGGAUCGGGUUCCUACCCGGGACUUUGUUAACUUUGACGUGGAGCCAGGAAAGGUUCAUCUAAAAUCUCAAUUUAUUUUAAAUGGUGUAUGUGUUGUUUGGAGAGGUUGGGUAGACUUGAUACGGUUAGAUGGAAUAGGCUACCUUGAAUUUGAUGAGGAAAGAGCAGAAGUUGAAGAUGCAAUACUACGAGAACAAAUAGAACAAAACAACAGACGAGUGCAAGAGUUUGAAGAGAGACGGAGACAGAGGCUGCAAGAGCAAGAAAGACAAGCAGCAUCUGAAGCUGAGGCCAGGACCCGGAGAAAAAGUCGGCACAGAAAAGACGUCUGCAGCAUUGGUUUGACAACCAAGUGCAACAACAUCAGCAGCAACGGAUUAACGUGCGCGCUACGCAAAUGCCCACAGCCCCUGUUCAUGUUUUCUGAGAUGAAGCUGCCGACUCAAAUAUCGGACAUGUCUCACGCCAACGGUCACCACCACCACAGAUCUAAGCACAAAGAGCCGCCGAAGACAGAAGUCGACGAAGAAGAGGAAGUAGAAGUGGAGGUGGUGGAUGUGGUGGAUGUGGUGGAGGUAGAUGCCGAGGAUCCAGUUCCGAUAGAAGCCGAAGUGGAAGCCCCACCACGUGACAAAAUCCGGAAAUCCGACACCAUCUGGUCGCCAUGGAAAUAGCAAUGGCUGAAACUGGGUGUGCAAGGUGUGAAUCACAUACACAGACCCGUGUGUUAGGUCUGAGCUGUGCCCCGUGGCUUAGGUUAGUCAUUCAAGCAAGUGACUUCCUCGUAUUUAAAUGGCGGGCUUACUGACUUGGUGGUGAAUGGCUGACAAACCAGAUCAUCCAUUCUGUCAUAACUCACAAGACUACAUUAAAGUAGCCUUGAAGCCAUCCUAAUAGACUGAUACACCUUUACCUAGGUCAUCUUGUUUUUUUAAAACCAGCCACACAACUGGUGUUCUUAUCAUUCCCGCUGUCUGCUACAGUAGAUGUUACACCCCACCCCUCCAUUUGAUCCCCCAGAUUGUUUUGAUGUAAUUUUUUAAAAAUACUUUUUGACAACCAUGCAUUCCAUAUCAGCCAUUCUCCUCAAUGUUUCUACUGAUGGCGUGUGCCAUAUCGUGUCUUGUAAACACGUGUGAAUAAUGUAAAUAAACAAACCUAUUCUAGUCCAUGUACAAAUAAAAAGAAAAUUGUAUUGGCCUUCAUAGGCUUGUA